GUCCGAUCAGCCGCCCCCCAGAUUGGAGCCAUCCAGCCAGCCUCCUUUUUUGACAAGAAAUCUUGUUUUUUCCCCCAAUCCUCUUUUCAUCAUCAUUCAGAACAGCAUAGCACAAACGCAUUGACAGGCUCGAGCUUGUUUCAUUUUCGCACCAACAAUCAUUACAUAGCUUUAGCUUUCAUUUUUUUCCCAGCUUUGACUGACUAAAGCUUACGACCUUUUUAAAUAGUCGACCUAAUUGGGCUUUUUUUCUACCUAGGGUUGCAGGUUUCACGACAGUCAUUUAGGCGUUGACUCCCAGAGCCCAAUUGCGAAUUCCAUCAUCACAAUCGUAAGAACCACCAAAAUCCACAAUCACAACCUCGGAUCUACGAUCCCCUCAUUUAGAUCUGAGGAAACUCGGACCAGGCCAAGUGGGCCGCACUCGCAUUCGACACGUAAUCCGGAUAUUUACCUACAUAUCUCCUCAUCCAUCCAUCCCAUCUAUCUCUCAAUCAUGUCGACGCCACGAAUCAAGCGCCAAUUCGCCGGCGCAGCAAGUGAUCCCGCGCAACGACAAAUCACCUCGUUCUUCAGCAGCAACGGGAACAAUACAUCAUCCCCCGCCGCACGAACAUACGACUCCGCUACAAUCCCCACACUCCCCGCGUCCGUGCAGGCGAACCUUCUCUCCGUAGGCUUAAGAGUGCGUAAAUCUGUGCCUGAGGGCUAUAAGACGGGCACAUACGCCGUGAAAGCACUUUGGGACGAACCUACCGGCUCUACCUCUUACACCACCGCGGCGUCAGCAGCAGCCAUGGGUGAAGGCCGCUCGCGCGCCAACGCCAUCUCCACACCACGAGAACUCCUCCCUUUCUGCGGGAUCAACAAAGUCGGUGGUCUAUCCACACAACCCGAAACCGACACCUCAUCCACAUCUACCUACCAACCACUCACCAUUGCCGAUUCCAUGAUCGACGACUACGACGACGUCCCCGGGUUAACGAGUAGUCAAGACACAAUCUCCAGCACAGACCCGCAUUCCUUUUCCACUCCCUCCAAGACACGCAAGCGUUCAUAUACCGAGGAUGAAGAUGAUCGACCCGAGACACCGGAUCGACGGUUAAAUCUCAACAUGAAUUUUAACGUGUGGCGCGAUAACUACGAUGACGAAGUAAGCCCCAGAAGUCUAGGACCUACGAGUUGGAGCCCGAAUAACGGUGGUGCUGGAAAUGGCCGUGUUAUGGCUGUCCCGCGCAAAGCGAAGACGCGUGGUGGGAGUAAAUUAGCGACGGUCGCGCCAAGAGUCCUGGAUCAGGAGAACUUUAUGGUUGUUGAUGCUGAUGGAGGUUCCGCUGGAGAUUUCGGAGAGGCAGAUUUCCUGGUUGAAUACGGAGACGGUAGACGAAGUUGGGAGGUUGAGAUGAGUGAUGCUUGACCAGAAAGGUGAAUAAGAUCGGAUGAGGAUUGGUUUUUAUGGGAUACCCCGAGGAGAAGCGGACUAUCGAGGGAAAGUAAUGGAGUAUGGGAAGACAUAGCAGCUGGAGCUAUUGUCGCAUGCGAUUGAUUUAGGUUGGUAUGGCAGGUUGGGAAGCGGGAAGCAGAGCAAACACUUUCCAUGGGGGGUAGGUGACUGGCGCAAGGGAGUUCCGUGCUCGCGUUACACAGGGAUUGUAUCACCAUUGUAUACCAUUAUUCAGGAUCACGUCUGGGGACGAUGGUGCUGGGUAAAUAGAUUGACUUCGUCAAUUCGUCCUUUCUAGAACGAUAGUUCAUAGUGCUACAUAAAGAAUGAUUUUCAUUAUAGGUACC